GCGUUUUAGAUAAAAAAGUUAAAGUUUAAAGUUUAAAGUUUACAUGACGUUGCAAUCUGCUUGGCGAAUUGUAAAAUGGAAAGAUACUCGGCGAUAUAGAAUUGUCCGUGUUGAGUGACGAACGAUACAUAUUUUUGAAUUUAUUCUUUAAUAUCUAAGUGAUUGAAUCCGUUUUUACAGUCGAUUGAGUUGAAUGUUCAUUUCAUGCUUUAUUAAACGUAAGGGAAAGUGAUAUCUGAUUUGGACAUUGUUAAUAAGAUAUUGUUAAUUCGGCGUCCGUCUCGUUUUGUUGACCAAAAUAACUGGAUUUCUGUAUUCUGACUCGGAAGUCUGGAUGAUCGCGUCCACAUUUGGAAAUCUGCGCGAUCUAGAGUAUAUCAUUAUAUCGUUAGGAAUUAAGCGCAUUCCACUUUUGCACUUUUUUAACAUUGGAUUUUAAUGUUGCUUGUUAGUCAUUAUAACUAAUUUUUUAUUAUUAGCUUCAAAAAAUUUUAGAUUAUAUUUACUUCCACUAUAAUUCAUAGCAGUACAUAUUUCAUUAUUUACUUCCACAGCUAUGCACAUAUGUACAUAUAUGCGAGAGCUUACACACUUUACACAUGCUGGCUGCUCCCAUUUUUUCGCAGAGUGCGUUUGUUGGAAAUUCUUAAGCGAUGCGAACGAAAUUGUUACUUUGAACGCAUUACUAUAUACCUUUGAUAAUCAACAUUUAUUUUAUUUACCUAUUUGCCAUUUAGCACGAUAGAUGUAACAUUUCGUAUCCCUGUUCAGUUUCUACACUGCUAGAUUCUUGGAGUUACAUGGAAAUACCAUUUUUGUAUAUUCUGCGAACAAUGUUAGACUGGGUAUGCAUAGAUACAACUCUUACAGUAAUGGAAUGGAUAAAAAUGGAGGACAUUUUCCAGUCGGUGUUUAUUGUACGUUGCUAUAGGCAAAUGGAUACAGACUUUCCUGUUCUACGAGGAGAACCGAAAGCUUUGUAUUCAAAACUUCUAAUUGGUGGAACAAUUAUAUUAAUUCUCAUUGCCCUGAUUUGGAGUCCACUGUUCCUAUUUGCACUUGUUGGAACAGUCGGUAAGCCUAAUAUACCACAAAAGGCGGAUAUAGCAGUAAAAAUCAAUCAUUAUGAACCAAUAUAUGUUUCACAAAGCAAUUCCGACAUUCUUCAAUUUUCAAACUCCGAUUUUCAAAAGCUAACUAACCGUAUAAUUUUGGAUAACUAUGCAUCGGAUUCUAUGAUGCUUUAUGACGCGGUUGAUGUUACCGCUAUUAAGUUUUAUGAAAACUCCAUAUCUCUAUGGAAUAUGCCGCCACCUGAUAAAGAACGUUUAUUACAUGAUUUGAGUAAUGGUGCAAAAUUGGAUAUACACCUAACUCUUACAUUAAAAUGUAAUUUGACACCAGAAGCAGUAAUCUAUGAAACUACUUAUACACUAACGGAGAACAAAGUACAUACAAGGGAUAAGCUCAUAAGACUCAUGUCUGCCAAUUUUUCCAAUGAGAAAGUUAUUGUACCGAAUAUUUUACCAAAGUUUAUCACUGUUCAAAGACAACAAGCUAAUGCAAAAUUUAUAAAGGACUACGAUGGUAAAUUUAAACGCCCAAUAAUAUUGAAAAAAAAAAGAAAAAGUCAAGUGUACUGGUGGGAAAUGAAUGAUUAUUGCAACGAUAGAUUUUAUACGGAAAUUUUGUCAGCAUUACCAUUGAGUAAUUGUGAAAAUGGAAUCGUCCUGUACGUGUUUAAUGAUAAAUCCUUUCCGUCUGCUAUGAGUUUUUUAGAAAAAACUGGGAUUAUUGGACUGUAUACAACAUUUGUUUAUGUAGUCUCUAGAAUUAUCCGAUCCCUUAUUGCAAACAAUCACAGGCGAAUCAUGUUUGAAGAUUUGCCAUAUGUUGAUCGAGUCUUAAAGUUAUGCACCGAUAUAUAUUUAGUUCGUGAAACACAGGAAUAUCGGCUUGAAGAGGAUUUAUAUGGAAAACUUAUAUUUUUAUAUCGAUCUCCAGAAACACUAAUAAAAUGGACACGAUUUAAGGAAGAUAUUUCGGAAACUGCUCCUAGUUCCCAGCUGAGGAUUCAACGAAAUUAAUCUGCAACCUAUAGUAUGGAACUUGGGACGUAAAGUGUGAGAUCCUUGAUAUGUAUAACAAAUUCAUAAAUGGUAUAAUUAUUUAACAAAAAAUAAGAAAAUUCGAUUUCCUUUU